AUGGCUCUGGACGGCUCAUUGAUGAAAUUUAUCCACCUCGGUGAAGGCCCAGUAGCUCAGAAGUUCUCCUCUAAUGAGGCUCAGUGGAUCAUCGAUUCACGUGAUGAUUACCCCAAGGAACGUCUCGCUCGCAUGCAUGAUGCUUAUUCCGCGUUCAAGUGCCAUACUAUCAUGAACUGCACGAAAACCUGCCCGAAGGGCAGAUUUGCCAUGAAAGCCAUGGCGGUUAGAUGA